AUGCUUUGUUCAGCAAUAUGCCACAACAAAUCCCACGACGGGAGCGCCGCUCUCGAAACGAACCGCAUCUCUCUCUCUGGAGAGCCAUACUGGGCAGACGGGCUGAUCGGUAACUCGGCCAUGGUUUACAUGUCUGAGGUGGCCCUCCCGCAGUUGCGCGGCACCCUGCUCGCCAGCUCCUCGCUUGCAUUCUCCCUUGGACAAUUCUUCCUUGCUGUGGCUCUCAAGGCCCUUGAGGUGUCGAGGCCGUUUUGCAUCAGCAACGUCAUUUACGCCAAGUCCAAUUUCUUCGGCCAAUAA